AAGGGCUGAGGAGAGAUGGCGGCGCUGGGCCGUCUGCGGCUCCCCGCGCACGGCGUGCUGGGCUGGCGGCCCAGCUCUGUCAGUCCCGUCCACGCUCAGCUGCUCCAUCAGACACCGGCGGCCGAUGGCACUGACAGGGCUGUCCAGGUGCAGAAGAGCUCUGCUGUUGUCCAGAGGAAAUCCUACGUCCCCAGCAGCCGCGGCGAGUACGUCAUCACCAAGCUGGAUGACCUGGUCAACUGGGCACGGCGGAGCUCGCUGUGGCCCAUGACCUUCGGGCUGGCGUGCUGUGCAGUGGAGAUGAUGCACAUGGCAGCGCCCCGUUAUGACAUGGAUCGCUUCGGGGUCGUGUUCCGCGCCAGCCCCCGCCAGGCCGACGUCAUGAUCGUGGCAGGGACCCUCACCAACAAAAUGGCCCCGGCGCUGCGCAAGGUCUAUGACCAGAUGCCAGAGCCUCGCUACGUGGUGUCCAUGGGGAGCUGUGCCAACGGCGGGGGCUACUACCACUACUCGUACUCCGUGGUGAGGGGCUGUGACCGCAUCGUGCCCGUGGACAUUUAUGUGCCAGGUUGCCCACCCACAGCUGAGGCUUUGCUGUACGGGAUCCUGCAGCUGCAGAGGAAGAUCAAGAGGGAGAGGAGGAUGCAGAUCUGGUACAGGAAAUAGCCUUUAUAUAUAUAAAUAUAUAUAUAUAUAUAAAAUAGCCACUCACUGCUCACAGUCACGCACAACUCGGGCUCCUCACGCGCCUUCUAAUAAAACUCUACCUGUUCCAGGGGCUUUUCUGUCUUUAAUGAACCCCUCUGAUCUGAGGAGUUGAAAAAAACUGGGCUAAAAAGCAGGAGCUGAAUUUGAUUACACUGCUAAGUUGGUUUGUUUCUGGUCUGAGCAAUCUGUCAGGGAAGGUGAUGUCAUAUCGUGACAUAAAGGUGUUGCCAGGAUUUUUAUUUUUCUUGUUUUGUUGGGAAUUUUUGAGAGCAACACAUGUCCAGGUGAUCCCUGAGCUCAUCCCUUACUCACCAUCUACUCCUUGUUGGUAAUUCCUACACAGGAUCUAAUAAAUCCGUAAUAUUGUUGUGAACAGGGGCCAGAAAUUAAUUCUGUUUUUGUAACAAGUCAAAUACUGAUGCUUAAAAUCAGAAUGUGAUGAAUAAACCUGAAUGUGGAGCUCCUGAGCAGGGCAGGGAUAAAGCAGCCUGUCCUGGGAUGAGGAAUGGUCAUGCCUGAGGGACAAACACCCUUUGGAAAGACAAAUAAAUCGCUCGGGAACAGCA